AUGAUUGAACUCAUAUUUUUAAUUAACGUCCAGCGAUAUUAUCCAUCGGCUGGUGGUGACUUUGACCAAAAAACGCCUAUAAAAAGCCAGAAAAAUAACAGGAACAUGGCUACUUUGAAAGCCAUUUCUAUGCGCCUGAAGUCUGUAAAGAACAUUCAGAAAAUUACCCAAUCCAUGAAGAUGGUGUCGGCUGCAAAGUAUACUCGGGCUGAGCGCGACUUGAAAGCAGCCCGUCCUUACGGUGAAGGUGCAGUUCAAUUCUACGAUAGAGCUGAGGUUGCUGCACCCGAAGAUGAACCCAAGCAACUGUAUAUUGCUAUGACUUCUGACAGAGGUCUUUGUGGCGCCGUGCAUACUGGCGUCUCCAAGGUAAUCCGUACCCGUCUGAAUGAGCCGGGAGCGGAAAACAUCAAGGUUAUUUGCGUGGGUGACAAGUCGCGUGCUAUCUUGCAGCGUCUGUACAAUAAGCAUAUCAUCAGUGUUGCCAAUGAAAUUGGCCGUCUUCCACCUACUUUCUUAGAUGCUUCUGAGAUCGCUGGUGCUAUUCUGAACUCUGGCUAUGAGUUUGGCUCUGGGAAGAUUGUAUACAACAAGUUUAAGUCUGUGGUCUCCUACGAGCAGUCAGACUUGCCGUUGUUCAGUCAAAAGGCUGUGGAGUCUGCCCCAAAGCUGGCAACGUACGAUUCUCUGGACGCUGACGUGAUCCAAUCUUACAUGGAGUUCUCCCUCUCCUCCAUGCUGUUCUAUGCCCUGAAGGAAGGUGCCUGCUCUGAACAGUCUUCUCGUAUGACGGCUAUGGACAACGCCUCCAAGAACGCUGGAGAGAUGAUUGAAAAACUCACUCUCACGUUCAACAGGACCCGUCAAGCCGUCAUCACCAGAGAACUUAUUGAAAUUAUCUCUGGUGCCGCUGCUCUGGAUUAA